AUGGCCCCUACACACCAGUACCUCGACAUCAUCAUUCAAGAUGACAUGAAGUAUGACAUCCGUCUUGAAAAUGCUCAAAUGGAAAGCGGCGAAUUCUACAGACUGGGCAACCCGAAUGAUGUCCUAACCACCGACGACAUCAAUGAUAUGAGCAUUCGUCACAACGGUGGCAGCAGGGAAGUUUGUUCCAUAAGCGAACCCGGUUCUAUGUCGGGACCUUCGGGCGCGAUCGAUCUUGUUGACGAUGUGAGGGAUACGAGAAUUUGCACUCUCGCUUGGCGUGCAACUAUGCAGCCCGGAGAACAAAAUUCAUUCCUGGUACGGAAUCAGAACCCGAAAUACCGCGUCGAUAUCGGAAAAUGGAAAGAAUCUGGUGCUAUAGGGGAUGUUCCGGUCUCUAUCGGCGAGAUCUAA